AUGAAGCUCUCUACAUCUGUCUCUGCAGCCAUCGUCGUUGCCCUUGCAACUCAGGUUGCUGCUGCUCCAGCCACCGUUUCCGAACAAGGUCUCUCCAAGAGAGAAAUCCAUAGUGGAGAAGUCCUUAUUGCCAACAUUAAUGAGUUUGCAGCAAAGAGAGACUUGAUGACCUACGAAGAAUUGGAAGCAAGAGACUACGCCAUUGUUACUGAAAUCUUAUCAUACAUUAGUACUACUGGUUUAGCCCCAAAGAUUAUCUCAGGUUUGGUUACUGACCCAACCUUGGGACCAAUCGUUACUAAGGCUGUUGUUGCAAUUGUUAAAUCUGGUUUAGUUAACUUGACUACCUUGUUAGAAGCUUUGGACCAAUCCGGAUUAGCUGCAGGUGUUAUUCAAGAUUUAAUCAGUGACUGUAGUUUCUACCAAGAAAUUUUCCAAUUGGCUGAAUCAUAUAUCUCUAACUUCAUUAGUACACUUUUAGGAAAGGUCGGAUUAAAGAAGAAGGAUUUACUUGCACUCCCAACCCCAACUCAAGAACAACUUGAAAGAAGAGCCAUACCUUCCAGUACUCUUGACCCAGAUGGAAUAGUCAUUCAAUUAUUGGAAUCUUUGAAAGAAUCUGGUUUAGCUACAUCUGUUGUUAAGUCUUUGAUUACUGAUAAGGGAUUCAUCUCUUGGGGUGCUGACUUAAUUAAGCAAUUAUUCUCCUCAGGUGCUAUCACUCUUGGUGAAUUAGUUACCGCUUUGGAAGACUCCGGAAUUGUUGUUGACUUGUUCAAGCAAUUCUUCACCAUCGACACUUUAAAGACUGUUGCUGUUAAUGCUUUGGCUGCUGCCUUCGGAAACUGUGGUGGUUCAUCUCUUGUUUCAUCUGCUACCAAGUCUGGUAACGUUGCCACAACCACAAAGAGUACCACUACUACUACUGCAGGUUCCGGUGGAUCAUCUUGUAAGAGAAGAAGAAGAUCUUAUAACUACUAA